AUGACUUCAAGUCUCCUCGAGACUGGGAGUACCCAGCUUAUCCGCAACACCGCAGCGCAGCAAUUGGCCGAUGUUCAAAAGCAGCAUCCAGAUGAAUUGUUCAAUCUCUUGACAAAAGUGGUCCCGUACCUGCGAUCAAAGUCAUGGGACACCCGAAUUGCGGCUGCCAAGGCUAUUGGUGGCAUCGUCGAGCACGCCGAGAAAUUUGACCCCAAUGCCGACGAGGCGCCCGUGAAAGACGAGACUCUUGUGAAAUCCGAGGUUGAACCUGCUUCGAAAUUGGAACUUCCAGGGGCUGCGCUUCCCGCUUCCGAGGACCAGCUUCGACUCGAGGAUCUCGAUAUUCAAUCUAUCCUUAAGUAUGGCAAGAAGUUGCUUGGCAGCGCAGGCAAGGAAUACGACUAUUCACUGGCCGCCCUCGAUCCUGCCGCCAGGUUGGCGCUCCAGAAGAAGAGCCUCACCGCCCGUCUUGGAUUAGGUGGCGAAUAUAUUGAAGAGGAUAUCGUCUCGGACAAGGAUUUCGCCGCUACCUAUCAGCCUACUUUUGCCCAACCGCCCAGCGUUCCUCGUCUAGACACGAGCCACUCAAAUGGCGGUCCACAGACACCUGCCGCCAUGACUCCUCAUGAUCCCACAGUACAGACGCCCAUCGACGAAUCGGGGCUCAGCAAGCGGCAAUUAAAUCAGUUGAAGCGGAAGAAUAAGCUCAAUGCCAAGAAUAAUGCGAACAAGGUCCGGGUUGUUGACCUCGCUGUGCGACGGUCGAGCACGGAUGUUCCACAGACACCAUCUGCUCCUGAACCGUACGCCAUUCGAGCCGGCAUCAAACGAGAAGAGUCCGAAGUCAAAAAGGAAGAAGACACCGCACCGGUCGACUACUUCUCGAUAGGUCGACAGGGAGGAGAUGAUGAUACCAAGGUGGUCUCCGAGUUUAAAGGCGCGGCAGUUCCCGAAAAGUCCGCUUUGCAAGCCGAUGUCGAAGAAGAAGGGCUCCAAUGGCCGUUUGAAAGGCUCUGCGAGGUUUUGAUGGUAGAUUUGUUUGAUCACAACUGGGAAAUCCGCCAUGGUGCUGCCAUGGGGAUACGCGAAGUCGUUCGCGUCCACGGCGCUGGCGCUGGACGUGAACAUGGCAAGAGUCGAGCAUUGAACGACCUAUUGAAUCGAGCAUGGCUCGACGACCUCGCUUGCCGCCUCUGCUGCGUGCUGAUGCUCGAUCGAUUCGGCGACUAUAUCUCUGACAAUGUAGUAGCUCCGAUACGUGAGACAGUUGGUCAGACACUCGGUGCGCUUCUCAAGCAUCUGCCGGAUGGUUCCGUCAACGCUGUGUAUCGCAUCCUCUAUAGGAUGGUGAUGCAGGAUGAUCUCGGCCUGAGCUUUCCGAUUUGGGAAGUCUGCCACGGCGGAAUGACCGGACUUAGAUACCUUGUUGCUGUGCGAAACGAUCUCCUCCUCAAGGACAAUGAGCUCAUCGAUGGUGUUAUUCGCGCAGUGUUGAAAGGUUUAGGAAAUUUCGAUGACGACGUCCGAUCGGUCAGUGCUGCGACUCUCAUACCUAUCGUUCAAGAACUAGUCACUCUUCGACCGGCUGCGCUAGACAAGGUGAUUGACAUCGUCUGGGACUGCUUUUCCGACCUCACCGAUGACCUGAGCGCAAGUACUGGCUCGGUCAUGGAUCUUCUUGCCAAGCUCUGUAGCUUCCCUCAAGUUCUCGACGCGAUGAAGCGGAAUGCCGCCAAUAAUCCUGAGCAUUCAUUCGCUUUGCUGGUGCCACGGCUCUAUCCUUUCCUUCGCCAUACAAUUACUAGCGUCCGCUCUGCUGUUCUUCGCGCGCUCCUCACGUUUGUCGACAUUGAGGGCAGCGGGACGAAAGAAUGGGUGGAUGGUAAAAUCCUACGCUUAAUGUUCCAGAACUUGCUGGUCGAAAAGAACGAAGGAGUCUUGAGAUCCUCUUUGCAAGUCUGGAUUGCCUUGGCCAGAAUCCUCUCAGAACAAGGCCACGUUCGAUUCGCCGCUGAGUUUAGACCGCACCUCGAUCCGUUGGUCACAUUGACGUUGCAUCCUAUCGGUGUCUCCCGUCAUCCCAUUCCUAUGGAACCAUCGCUCUUUAUGCGUCCAUCUGGCCAGCCGUACGCGCCUCCGAGCGUUACAGCUCGGAAACCGUCACCGACAAAUGGAACCGAGCCAGCGUCCAAGAGGAGGCGCAAAUCAGAAAAGAAAGAAGAACCGCCCCCAACCGCGCACAAUAUCGAUGGUGCCAUGAUUCAAGGCGAUGUCGAUCUGGUGGGCGCCGACGUCUUGAUCAGAUCAAAAAUAUACGCCGCCCAAGCGCUCGGAAAAGCAAUGAGUCUGUGGCCCAGUGACACGUGCCUUGAAGUUUUCGGACCAAGGCUGCUACCUCACUUGCAAUCACUUUACUCUACGACACAGCUCACUACCGCGAUGAUCCUCGAGGAAUAUGCUCGGCUGUGCAAUGACUUUGGCUCGCCAGGCCAAAACCCUGUGGAAACCAUCAGUCAAACCCUGCAGCCAUUGGUGGAAGGCGAGCGGCCACCGACGUAUGGAGAUCUGGUCAGCUACACGCAAGUCGCCCGGGCACAGUGUCAUUCCUUGUUGAACACGUUUAGAGAAGUUGGAAGGAUUUCGGGCUCAAAGAUACCUUCAAUCGCAGUUGUCGUCCAGGGUGAUCCCGAUGCUGGCCCUGACGCCUUCUCGAUCGCUAACGCGGAGAAAAUUGUGGAUCAAGAUUUCGAUAGGCUGAAGAAGCUGUUGACGCCAGCCCAGCGUGUCACUUGCCUCCAGGCACUCAACGAUGCUCGACAGAACGCCAUCACCGCCAUCGAGGAGGCCAAGUCAAUGAAGGAAGUCAGGGACAUGCGUAUCAGAGCCGCCGCAGCUAGUGCUAUAAUCUCCUACAAGGUUAUCCCGAAGAAGCCUAGUCAGUUGAUCAAGGGUGUCAUGGAUAGCAUCAAGAAGGAAGAAAACAUUGAGCUUCAGACGCGAUCGGCAAAUGCUGUUGCCUCUAUGAUGGAGCAGUACGCCACCUCGGGGCGACGCGGGCCAGUUGACAAGGUCGUCUCCAAUCUCGUCAAAUUCUGCUGUGUGGAUACUUCGGAGACACCCGAAUUCCAUCCAAACGCCCACCUGGAGAAUGCGAUUCUGUCACUACGGAAGGAGGAAGACCGACGAGAUCAUCCCGAUGCUGCCAAGUUUGAGAGAGAAGCCAGAGAAGCCAGGAUCAUGCGACGUGGCGCCAAGGAAGCGCUCGAACAGCUGUCUGGUAUAUUCAAAGCCGAACUUUUCGAGAGGGUUCCGGCCCUCAAGAGCUUGAUCGAGAGUCCUCUUAGGACUGCGUUCUCUGAAAAUCUCCCAGCGGAUAUCAGGAAUCCUGAUAGUACUCUAGGCCAAGAGGUCGUCGAUGGCCUCUCCACUAUCCGAGCAUUAGUACCCAAGUUCGACGCCGGUCUCCACCCCUUCAUUCUCGAGCUCCUACCGUUGGUCAUCAAGGGUAUGCAAUCGGACCUCUCGGUCCUUCGAUAUGCCGCAGCCAAAUGUUUCGCCACCGUGUGCAGUGUCAUUACCGUCCAGGCGAUGACGACUCUCGUGGAGAAAGUACUACCUUCCAUUAACAACGCGCACGAGAUUCGAUGGCGCCAGGGAGCUAUUGAAUGCAUCUAUCAUCUAAUUCACGUAAUGGAAGAUAACAUUCUUCCCUACGUCAUUUUCUUGAUUGUCCCUGUUCUUGGUCGUAUGAGCGAUUCUGAUACUGAUAUCCGACUUCUUGCGACCACGAGUUUUGCUACUCUAGUGAAAUUGGUACCUCUAGAAGCUGGUAUUCCGGACCCACCGGGACUGCCAGAGCAACUGCUCAAAGGUAGAGAGCGAGAGAGAAAGUUCAUUGCCCAGAUGCUUGACCCUCGCAAAGUGGAGCCUUUUGAAAUACCGGUAGCUAUCAAAGCCGAGCUUCGCUCAUAUCAACAAGAGGGUGUCAAUUGGUUGGCCUUCCUCAACCGCUAUCAUCUCCACGGCGUUCUUUGUGAUGAUAUGGGUCUUGGAAAAACUCUGCAGACGCUUUGCAUGGUCGCCAGCGAUCACCAUAUGCGCGCCGAGGAGUUUAACAAAACACAGGCAUCUGAUGUUCGACGGUUACCAUCACUUAUCGUUUGCCCCCCGACGCUCUCCGGGCAUUGGCAACAAGAGAUCAAGACAUACGCCCCCUUUCUAUCCUUUGUUCCUUAUGUAGGACCUCCGGCAGAUCGCAGCCGCUUUCGGUCACAGUUGGCUCACGCCGAUGUCGUCAUUACUUCAUAUGAUAUUUGUCGUAAUGACAUUGAUGUCCUUGCUCCCAUCAACUGGAACUACUGCGUUCUGGACGAAGGUCACCUCAUCAAAAACCCAAAGGCCAAGGUGACAUUAGCGGUCAAGCGGCUUAUCAGCAACCAUCGUCUCAUCCUCUCGGGUACCCCUAUUCAAAACAAUGUGCUGGAACUUUGGUCGCUCUUUGAUUUCUUGAUGCCUGGAUUCCUGGGUACGGAAAAGGUUUUCCUUGACAGGUUUGCGAAGCCCAUUGCAGCGAGCCGCUUCAGCAAAUCUUCCUCCAAGGAGCAAGAGGCUGGCGCUCUCGCUAUCGAAGCCCUCCACAAGCAAGUUCUGCCGUUCCUUUUGCGCAGACUUAAGGAAGAAGUGCUUGAUGAUCUGCCACCGAAGAUCAUUCAGAAUUACUACUGUGACUUGAGCGAUCUUCAAAGAAAGCUCUUUGAGGACUUUACCAAAAAGGAAGGAAAAUCUCUUGCCGAAAAAGCGGCUAGUGGCGAUAAGGAGUCGAAGCAACACAUAUUCCAGGCAUUGCAAUACAUGCGCAAGCUGUGCAACUCACCGGCGCUCGUGAUGAAGGAAGGCCAUAAGCAGUAUGACCAAGUACAGAAACAACUCGCUAUGCGGAAUACAAACCUUCGGGACACGGCACAUGCUCCGAAACUUACCGCGUUGCGAGACCUUCUCGUUGACUGUGGCAUUGGCGCCAAUCCCUCGGCGGAAGGAGACCUGACGACCGAAGCCAGUUAUGUUAGCCCUCACCGCGCACUUAUUUUCUGUCAAAUGAAGGAGAUGCUCGACAUUGUCCAAAAUGACGUUCUCCGCAAAUUGCUUCCCUCUGUGCAAUUUCUGCGCCUAGACGGUAGCGUUGAGGCGAAUCGUCGACAAAGCAUCGUGAACCAAUUCAAUACAGACCCUAGUUACGACGUUCUUCUCCUAACGACAAGUGUCGGAGGUCUCGGUUUGAACUUGACGGGGGCCGAUACCGUCAUAUUCGUGGAACACGACUGGAAUCCUCAAAAGGAUAUGCAGGCCAUGGACCGUGCCCAUCGAAUCGGACAGAAGAAGGUUGUCAAUGUUUAUCGGUUGAUCACUCGGGGUACACUUGAGGAAAAGAUCAUGAGCCUUCAACGGUUCAAGAUCGAUGUUGCCUCGACGGUGGUCAAUCAACAAAACGCCGGCCUCGGUACAAUGGAGACGGGCGAGAUCCUCGACCUUUUCAGUCUUGGUGAAACAGCCGACGGGAUUCAAAACCCGAGUGACGUGGGCAACGAGGAAGACAUGGUCGAUGCUACUGGUGAGGUUCGCGAAAAGGGCAAAAAGGGCCUUCUUGAUGAUCUCGGCGAGCUUUGGGACGAUAAACAGUACGAGGAAGAGUACAACCUGGAUUCGUUCCUGGCCAGUAUGAAGGCUUGA